CCCGCCCUUAGCGGCGGCGGAGCCCGGUGCUGCGGCCCCCGGCGCGCCGCCUCCCGGCCCGGCUCGGCCCGGCUCGGCCCGGGAUGGGCUCCGCGCACUCGGUGCCCGCAGAGAUGCGGGCGCUGGCCGACAGGACCGGCUCCCCGCCCCCCCGCCGUCUCUGUGUUGUUCUUUGCAGCAAGGAGAACUUUGACAGCAUCCCCGACCUGGAGUUCAACCCCAUCAGGGCCAAAAUCGUCCAUGCCUUUUUUGACAAGCGGAACCUACGGCAGGAGUCGUCGGGGCUGGCGGAUGAGAUAAACUUCGAGGACUUCCUGACCAUCAUGUCCUACUUCAGACCCAUUGAGAUGAACAUGGACGAGGAGCAGCUGGAUCGCUUCCGGAAAGAGAAACUCAAAUUCCUCUUCCACAUGUACGACUCGGACCACGAUGGGAAGAUCACGCUGCAGGAGUACCGAAACGUGGUGGAGGAGCUGCUGUCCGGGAACCCCCACCUGGAGAAGGAGUCGGCGCGCUCCAUCGCCGACGGGGCCAUGAUGGAGGCAGCCAGCAUCUGUGUGGGACAAAUGGGCCCGGACCAGGUGUACGAGGGGAUCACCUUUGAAGACUUCCUGAAGAUGUGGCAGGGAAUCGACAUCGAGACCAAGAUGCACGUCCGCUUCCUCAACAUGGAGACCAUCGCGCACUGCUACUGACCCCCGAGGGGCAGGAGGAGAAGGAGGAGGACGACGAAGAGGAGGAGGAGGACAAAGUCUUCACAGCAGCACCGAGCGCGGUGCAGCCGCCUGCGUGCCUGUCCCGAGCGGGGCCGCGUUCUGCUCUCUAGAAACAUAAGAGGCUUUUAUCUCUAAUAAAAGAUAUUUCUCUUUUUA